AUGCGGGAGACGCCGCCAGUGCAGCCCCUGCAGUUUGUGGUGGCCGGAAGAUCAAUACAGCAUCCUGAGAAGGCCGCAUUGAAGAGCACGAACGCCGAUGCCUUUGCAGCAGAUCAAAAUGUGGGUCCCCGUGUAAUUGGCAUAGCGGAUGGGGUCAGCACGGUGGAAGACGAAGGGCUGGACCCCUCUGCAUUACCUGCAGAGUUGUUAGGCUUGUGUAUAAAGGAGAGCCGCGCGCGUUCGCUGAAUUCGGCGGUGUUCGAUGCAGAGGCGGAGGAGAGUUUGCAUGCGUGCGACGUGGACAUAGACACCCCGAAGUUGCCACUGUACAUCCUGACCAAGGCAUCUGUACAGUGCAAGAGCUUUGGUUCUACCACCUGUGUGCUGGCGCUUCUGGACGAUUGCAGGCUGUGGUCAGUGAGCAUUGGGGACUCGCAGCUGCUGGUGCUGCGGCGCACUGACACGCCUCCAAAGGCGUACCCUGCAGCUCACGAGUUCUCUUUCACAACCUGCCACGACAGUAGAGGACGGGUCUCGAACCCCGAGGAAUACGGGGGCUACCAGGUGGUGUACAGAACGGUGUCUCAGCAGCAUUUCUUCAACUGCCCCUUUCAGUUUGCUCGCAUGCCGGACACUGACUGCUCCGGGGAGGCCAUCCUCAGAAAGACGGCACAGACGGCAGAUGUGGGGUCGGUCAUAGUGCACCCCGGAGACAUUGUCGUGCUCGGCACGGACGGCCUCUUCGAUAACCUCUUCGACGAUGAUGUCCUGGAGCUUGUCAAUAAACUCUGCUGGGAGGACGCACGGAACGGCAUGCCCCCUAAAUGCAGCCCCGCUGUCCUCGUUGACGCUCUUCUAGAGAGAGCAGUGAACGCGGGGCAGCCACCUCCGGGUGUCUCCUGGCCGGUGGUGACGCCGUUCUCUAAGGCGGCCUUCGACGAGGUGGGGCGUCGACUUGCGGGCGGCAAACCCGACGAUAUAACAGCAGUUGUAGCUUAUAUAGUCUCUUCAAGCGGACCACCCGCCACGGAGACCCAGCAGCACGGGAAAAGCAACGGCAGCUCGCCUUCAUACAAACCAAACGAACAGCUCACAGGCCAAGGGAGGCAGGCGGCAGUGGGCGACACCUUCACCAGCGGUAGCAGUAGCUCGAAAGGUAGCGAGAAGAAUACGAUGCUGCCCAAGAGCGGGGGCCUGCAGCAGGCCUCUCUCCAGGGGGGGCUGUCGACAGUAGGGAGCCGCUCCAGCUUCCCGCCCAGAAAUAUUGGCGUUGUUCCGCCUGCGAUAAAGGCGUCUAUACACUCUGUGCCGCACAUCCUGAAGCCGGGGGACUACACGGUCUUCGAGAGACUGAAAGAAAGGGCCCAACAGAGACUGCAGAGAGCCUCUUCCGUGCGGGCUGGGCAGCAGAGCAGAGAAGGCAUAAGCCGCAGUUGGAACGCGUUGCCUUCUGCAUUUGUUUUGGCAUUUCGCAGUUUGUUCUCCACCAAAUAA